UUUUAAUUUUCGACAAAUAUCAGUGUUAGACUGGUUAAGCAAGGAAAUACGAGAACUUGACCAAGGUUAAAGGCGCCUUGGUUCUGGCCCAAUUUGAAUUUCCUUUCAUCUCUCACACACACGAAAAGCAGAAACCAUCAUCAUUUACACUCACCUCACUCUACAUUUUUGAAAACCCCCAUUCAAUACAUUGUGAUCUACUCAUGAAUUCGGUCGAUUCAGCGAAAAUGCUGCUGGCGGCGUGCGGCGGCGAUACGGUGAAGCUGUUCGACACUUCGUCGGAGCCUCAGAACCCCUGCGUUCUCACCUACUCUCCAUCUCCAGGCUUACGCGUGAAUUCCGUCAAGUGGAAUCACAACAAUUUAGUUUUGGCCAGUGCGGGCGAAGAUGGUAAAAUAUCGUUAUGGAGGAAAAAUGGGCAAAGCUUGUGGAUGGUGCCCGCCAAAAAUGCUAGGGGCGAAAUUGUUGAGCCUUCCGAGUCAAUAUCAACUAUCAGCUUCAGCAAUAAGGGAUCCCGAUAUCUGUGCUCUGGUGGAACUGGUCAAGUUGUAAGAAUAUGGGAUUUGCAGAACAAGCGUUGUGUCAAAUGGUUGAAAGGUCACAGUGAUACUAUUACAGGUGUGAUGUACAAUUGCAAAGAUGAACAUAUAGCUUCUGUCAGUCGCAAAGGAGAUCUUAUACUUCACAACCUUGCUUCUGGCGCAAGAGCUGCUGAACUAAGGGACCCUAAUGGACAGGUUUUGGGUGCACUUGAUUAUUCUAGGACAAGCAGGCACCUUUUAGUGACAGCUGGUGAUGAUGGAUCCAUUCAUUUGUGGGACACAACUGGCAGGAGCCCAAAGGCUUCCUGGUUGAAACAGCAUUCGGCACCCACCUCUGCUGUCAGUUUUUCACCAUCCAAUGAUAAGGUAAUCGCUAGUGUCGGUCUGGAUAUGAAAUUAUACACUUUUGACACUGGGUCUCGGAAACCAUCUUCUUGUAUUCCUUACGAAGCGCCGUUUUCUUCAUUGGCAUUCGCUGAUGAUGGAUUAAUCUUGGCAGCUGGUACAAGCACUGGACAGGUUGUGUUCUAUGACGUUCGUGGGAAACCGCAGCCAAUCACUGUUCUUCGUGCAUAUGGGAGCGCUGAGGCUGUCACAAAUCUUUGCUGGCAGAGGUCAAAACCUGUAAUGUUUAAUGAAAAUAACUGCACAGACGAAACUGUUCUUUUGGCCGGUGAUGUCGGGGAUUCCAUCCUUAUGCCUGAUCCACUUCCUUCUAGGGGAUCAUCAAGCAUUUCAAUGCCCUCAAUUCUGUCUGGUUCUCGAAAUUCUAGCCGUUCAGGUACCCCUGGAGAUUUAUAUUCGUUUCCUGCAGGAUCUGCAUCAAGUGGUCUAAGUUUACCUACUUCAGAGGAAACACCUCUUCGCAGCAGCUUACUGACAGGCGGAAAUCUUGCAAGGCUGCAUGCACCUCGAAGUUAUAACUUCAAGGAUGAUAUGGAGGUGUUUUCUCCCCUUGUGGAAGUCCAACCAAUGACACCCUCUCUCGACAAGUUGUGGAAUGACCUGGAUGGUGGAAAGAAAGACCUGGAUAGAAAACCAUCUUUUCUUUUUUCUCGGAGGUUUGGUCUUCCAGAGGAAGGUUCCAUUGAUAAUCAUCCAAUUUUGGACUGGAAAACGAACUUAUCAACCAAGCAGGAUUACGCCAGUUCUACCUUGUCACAGUUGACAUCUCCCACUAUAUCUACACAUGUUGAUGAUUCUUCAUCCAUAACUCCUCCCGAAGCUUGGGGUGGCGAGAGAAUAUCUGACAAGCUGAUUCACCACCGGCUAGCCAUUAACAUGCCAUCCCGUUUUGCAACUUUAGCAGCUACAAAUUCAUCAUCGGUAGUAAAGUUGUCUGGAUUACAAGAUAGUCUCCCCACGAAUCAAAGCAGAAGCAGCUUAUCAUCUGGCCUGAGCCUGGCCAAUCUGCGUGUCAGAGAACCCCCAAAUCAUGAAACUUUAUUCAGAUCAUCAGAAGCUAUGGGAAUGUCUGGGGUCAUGAAAUUAAUAUUGGAAAACCAGGCCGAGAUUAUGAAAGAGCUUCAAUCUCUCCGGAAGGAAACACAGCAGCUGCGCCAGUUGCUUUGAGUAAAUGCUCCAUCUUCAAAUUUGCUGCUUGAGAAAGUCAGCUUUGUUUGGCUUACUACUUGAGUUUUUUCGCCCUUUUAUCCCCUCUGAGUUUCUGACUGGUUGAUCGUCAUCUCUGUGCAAAAUAAUGUUUUAAGCAUUUCCAUCUCGACACUCUUUGAAAUGAGAAGACUUGGGCGCCGGAAUGAUUUAGCCAGUUUGAUUUUGUUAAGAUAUCCAGUUAAUAGAUUGAAAAUUUAUAUUUGGUGGGUGACUCUUAUUCAUGGGCAUGAGAAUUGAAGCAGCCCGUUAGACAUAAUCGGUCUGAAGAGGUUCGAAAUAACUCGGUCAAAGCAAUCGGCUAUGAACCGGUCAGCAACGAUUCAUAUCGAAUCAAAAAUUGGUCAACAAACCAAUUGAAUUGGCUAAUAUUUUAUUUUACUUAUUCUUUUUAUAGAUUAUAUAUAUUACUUUUAACAUAUUAAAAGUCCUGUUUAAAUGUUUUGGAUAUUUAUUAAUUAUUUU